UUUAUCGGCGCCACCAAUGAUGAGGCAAACCCUCUGUUUGUGACCGAGCUGAUGGAGAAAAGUCUGCGCACUUUGUUGGACCAGCGGCAACUCUCCGAGACAGAAAUAGCUGUCAUUUCUCUGGAUGUAACACUUGCUCUAAACUACCUUCAUCAGAAGAAACCAGAGCCUAUCAUUCAUCGUGACGUCAGCAGUGCUAAUGUGUUGCUAUGGCGACAGGGUGACCAAUGGAGAGGCAAAGUGUCAGAUUAUGGCACUGCUAAUUUUAUGCAGCAGACCAUGACAGUGGCUCCUGGAGCAAGGAUUUACAGCGCACCUGAAGCACUUACAUCAAACCAAACCGUCAAGGUA